GCGCAACUCGACUCAUUUCUUCCAGCGGCCGUACACCUUUCCGGCCUUGCAAAGGCUGUUGAAUUAUAGUCAUGCCGAGGAAGACCUCUGCCACUUCUGCGUCUACGCCUUCUUUGAAAAAGACGCCCUCCACUGGCGGACAGAAGACACUCUUGGGUUUCUUCCAAAGAACGCCUUCCACUGGUGGUGCACCUGCUGCCUUGCCCUCGCGACAGGCUCCUUCAAGUCCUGCACCUUCGAAAAAUCGGUCCAAAUCCACUGCAACGAGCUCCGGCUCCUCUUUGACUCCUGCACCGAGCAGUGACGGCCCGGAACCAGAGAACGACGAUGACAACAAUAUCAAGGCGAGUCCGCCUCCUUCCAAAGGUCUGCCGUCGCCAGUCUCAGCUGACGAAGGGCAGACCAAUGGUUUGGAGAAGCUGAAUGCAAGAGGCACGCCGUCACGAAGGGCAAAGAAGAAGACCAUCAACUACAUCGAGUCCGAUAGUGAAGGCACCGAUGGCGAUGAUGUCUUCAAACCCAAGCCUUUAUCCCGUGCUCGACCUACGAAGCGGAGAAGACUCUCGGACAGUGCCGAUGGGGAUGUGUACGAGCAAGACAAUGGAGAGGAGCAAGACGACGAUAUGGAAGACUUCAUCGUGCCAGAUGAUUCGGAAGACGAAGUUCGCUGCUCUACAAAACGCAAGAGGCCUUCCAAAGCGUCUUCACGAAAGACCUCGUCGCACUUUACUCCAGCUGAGGACGACCCCGAGGAGGAUAUGGGCAUGGACCUAGACAUUGACCUAGAUUUGGACCUGCCAGAGGGCUCCACUGCUCAGAAAUGGACAUAUGAUCCCGAAAACCCUCAGCCUCUGCAGCCUCGAUCCACAAAUAUACCAUCUAAAAAGCCAGGCGGCAAGCAAAAGGCGCACAUGACAGAACCAGAACAACGACAUGCUUGGCUCGAAGAUGUCAGAGAUAUGGAUAGGAACCGUCCUGAUCAUCCAGACUACGACCCUCGCACGUUGUACAUUCCGCCAAUGGCUUGGACCAAGUUCUCACCCUUCGAAAAGCAGUACUGGGAGAUCAAACAAAAGUUCUGGGAUACUAUCGUCUUUUUCAAGAAGGGGAAAUUCUAUGAACUCUACGAAAACGAUGCCACAAUCGGACAUCAACUGUUCGACUUGAAGCUCACCGAUCGUGUGAAUAUGCGAAUGGUGGGCGUGCCAGAGUCAAGUCUCGGGAUGUGGGCAAAUCAGUUCGUCGCGAAAGGGUACAAGAUUGCUCGCGUCGACCAGCAGGAAUCAAAGCUGGCCAAGGAUAUGCGUGAACGAGCUGAAAAGGAUGAGAAUGAAAAGUCGAAUACCGUUAGCAACAAGAAGAAGCCCAACAGCAAAGAUGACAAGGUCAUCAAAAGAGAGUUGGCUUGCGUGCUCACUGCUGGCACUCUUGUCGACGGCGCGAUGUUGCAAGAUGAUAUGGCCACCUACUGUGUUGCUAUCAAAGAAUCGGAGAUUGACGAUCAGCCUGCGUUCGGUGUUGCCUUUGUGGACACGGCCACUGGUCAAUUCCACAUUGCUGAGUGGGUUGACGAUGCGGACCUGACCAAAUUCGAGACUUUUGUUGCUCAGACAAGGCCUCAAGAACUCUUGCUUGAGAAGAGUGGUGUCUCAACAAAGACUCUACGUAUACUCAAGAACAAUACUGGUCUAACAACGAUCUGGAACUACUUGAAGCCCGGCAAGGAGUUCUGGGAAGGCCACAUCACAGCCAAGGAAAUCGAAGCAUGUGAUUACUUUCCCAUGGACUGGCCAGAGGUUCUCGAUCAAGCCAGAGAGAAGGAUUUGCUGAUGUCGGCGCUUGGGGCUCUGAUCCAAUAUCUGAGGACACUCAAGAUUGAGCGAGAUCUCGUCACAAUGGGCAAUUUUACCUGGUACGAUCCAAUCCGCAAAGCAAGCAGCCUUGUUUUGGAUGGUCAGACAUUGAUCAACCUGGAGCUUUUCGCCAACUCUUACGACGGAGGAGUGGAAGGCACUCUUUUCCAACUCCUGAAUCGAUGCAUUACUCCGUUCGGCAAGCGCAUGUUCAAGCAAUGGGUCUGUCAUCCUCUGAUGGAUACCAAGAAGAUCAAUGCUCGUCUGGACGCGGUCGAUUCACUCAACGCCGAUACCAAAGUCCGGGAUCGGUUCACCUCGCAGAUGACCAAAAUGCCCGACCUUGAGCGACUGAUAUCUCGUGUCCAUGCCGGAACUUGUAAAGUGCAGGACUUUGUCAGAGUACUUGAAGGCUUCGAACAGAUCGACCACACUAUGUCUCUGCUGCGUGAUGGGUCAGGGAAACCGCAAGAUGCUGAUGGCGUCAUUGGCCAACUCAUCUCCGCCAUGCCCGACCUUGAACCUCGCCUGAAAUACUGGAUGGAUGCCUUUGACCGCAAGAAGGCAAAAGAUACCGGUGUUCUCGUUCCCGAACGUGGUGUCGAGGAAGAUUUUGACAAUUCUCAAGACUCGAUUGAAGAAAUACAGGAGGAGUUUAAUGUGCUCCUUCGGAAAUGGCGCAAGCAACUCGGCUCAACUGCCAUAUGCUACAGAGACAACGGCAAGGAAAUCAUGCAGUUAGAAGUCCCGACCAAAGUGAAAGGCAUCCCUAAAAACUGGGAUCAAAUGUCUGCCACGCAGUCAGUCAAACGGUACUACUUUCCCGAAUUGCGAACCCUCGUUCGAAGACUACAAGAAGCUCAGGAGACACACUCUCAGAUCGUCAAUCAAGUCGCGCGGCGCUUCUUCGCCCGUUUUGACGAGAAUUACGAGAUCUGGCUGGCAGCAGUCAAGAUCAUUGCACAACUUGAUUGCUUGGUCUCCCUGGCCAAAGCCAGCACCAGCCUGGGGUACCCGAGCUGUCGGCCUGAGUUUGUUGAGGAGGAUGACGACGCCCGCUCAACGCUCGAGCUGAUCGAACUUCGGCAUCCGUGCCUGCUGGCCAAAGUCGACGACUUCAUACCAAACGAUGUCAUUCUCGGUGGUGAAAGGGCCAAUAUCAGUCUACUCACGGGAGCCAAUGCAGCUGGAAAGUCGACAGUACUGAGAAUGACCUGCAUCGCAGUCAUUAUGGCUCAAAUUGGAUGCCAUCUGCCUUGCCAAUCCGCCCGACUCACCCCGUUUGACCGCAUCAUGUCUCGUCUCGGUGCUCAAGAUCACAUCUUCGCCGCUCAAUCGACCUUUUUCGUCGAACUGGCCGAGACUAAGAAGAUCCUCUCCGAAGCGACGCCCCGCAGUCUGGUCAUUCUCGACGAACUCGGUCGCGGCACGUCCUCACACGACGGUGUAUCGGUGGCGCAGGCCGUCCUGCACCAUCUCGCCUCGCACGUUGGCUGUCUGGGCUUCUUCGCCACGCAUUAUCACUCGCUCUCUGCGGAAUUUAGAGGACACCCAGAGAUCGCGGCACAGCGGAUGAAGAUUCUGGUGGAUGACGAGAAUAGGCGGGUCACGUUCUUGUACAAGCUCGAAGAAGGAACCGCCGAGGGCAGUUUCGGCAUGCACUGCGCGAGUAUGUGCGGGAUCGCGCCGGCUGUGGUUGAUCGUGCCGAAGAGGCGGCGCGCGAGUGGGAGUAUACGAGUCUCAUGGCCAGGCGGCUCAAGGCGGGACACCCUGAAGGGGAAGAAGACGGUGGUGAGAGUGAGAAAGGUAAAGAGCGAGAAGUGCCGCUGGGCAUGUUGAGCGAUUUGGCGUGGAUGCUGGAUGAAGAGAAGUGUGCAAGUGGGGAGGUCAGUGGACGUGGGAUCGAUGCCUUGGUGAAGUGCAUUGAGGCAUUAUAGACGAUUGUUCACAGGUACCAGGUAGGUUGCUUGCUUGAUGGUGUCUGGAGGGUUAGGUGUUGUGUACAGUAAGGUGACGGCUUCGAUGUUUGAUGGGCCCAGUCACUAUUUUUCUUCUGGUGGAUGUCUGGUGCUUUACUAUUCUAUUCGUGUGGACUGAGCGUUUGGGGCGCAAGAACUAGCUGUAGCUGUAGGGACAUACUUGAAGGAUUCGAGUUACCUUAGAUCGAUGAUGAUCGGGAACGAGAUGUCCCAUUCC